AUGACAAACAACCCCCCUCGUCCUUACCGCUUCAAAUCCACAACCUUGAAAUUCCAGGUUCCAGGUCUCAAGGGCUGGCCGAGCUUUAUCCAGGAUUCGAAAUUCAUUCGGGAUAUGUCGGGUUCCGAUACCUGGAAAACCGCGAUGAAUAUCUUCCAUAAAAUUCGUACUUGGUCUCGGAUGACCAUCUGGGGAGACAGGCUCUUCCUGCAAUUUGAUGGCCCCGCGACUAUUCUCAUACAAACCCGUGGCCCCCGUAUUAAUGAAGUUCUCACCUCGCACGAAGUCAAUGAGAUUGCAAGCGCCCCGAGAGGACUAACCAUUGGACCUGCAAAGCCCGCAGAGGAAAAGAAACCGUCUGCCGACGAGGAGUAUCGGAAGGCGGCCGAGGAGGCUGUCAAUGCUGCCCCCGCACCCACGAGGACCGUUGAACAAUUAGAACAGGAGAUCAGAGGGUCAGCGCAAAGCAUUGCCACUCUUACGAAGGAAGGCAAGGUGAUCUUUGAGAAACCUGGCCAACAAAACUAA